AGCUUUUGGUUUUCUGUCACUGACGUCUGAGAAGACUUUCUCGAUUGUUUAAUCUCAGCCUCUCAGGCAGAUAAAAGUAAAAGCUACAACAAGAAGGAAAGAAACCAAAUUGAUUUUUUCUGGGCUAUCUAAAUACAAGAGAAGAGGAGAGGAGAAGAUGGGGGCGAGCAGUGACCCAAAUCCGGAAGGAUCAGACGAGCAGCAGAAGCGAUCGGAGAUCUACACGUACGAGGCACCAUGGCACAUCUACGCCAUGAACUGGAGCGUCCGUCGCGACAAGAAGUAUCGCCUAGCCAUAGCCAGCUUCCUUGAGCAGUACCCCAACCGCGUCGAGAUAGUCCAGCUCGACGAAUCCACCGGCGAUAUUCGCUCCGACCCUAAUCUCUCCUUUGAGCACCCUUACCCACCCACAAAGACCAUCUUCAUCCCCGACAAGGAAUCUCAGAAGCCCGACCUCCUUGCCACCUCCAGCGACUUCCUCCGCGUCUGGCGCAUCUCCGACGACCGUGUCCACCUUAAGACACUCCUCAACGGCAACAAGAAUAGCGAGUUCUGCGGCCCUCUCACCUCCUUCGACUGGAACGAGGCAGAGCCCAAACGGAUCGGCACCUCCUCUAUUGACACCACUUGCACCAUCUGGGACAUCGAGCGCGAGACUGUCGACACCCAGCUCAUUGCUCACGACAAGGAGGUCUAUGACAUCGCCUGGGGCGGAGUCGGUGUCUUCGCCUCCGUCUCUGCUGAUGGCUCUGUAAGGGUUUUUGACCUCCGAGAUAAGGAACACUCCACCAUCAUCUACGAGAGUUCUGAGCCAGAUACACCCUUGGUACGCCUCGGCUGGAACAAGCAGGACCCUCGGUACAUGGCCACCAUCAUCAUGGACAGUGCCAAGGUCGUUGUUUUGGAUAUCCGCUUCCCUACACUUCCGGUGGUGGAGCUGCAGAGGCACCAGUCCAGCGUCAACGCCAUAGCAUGGGCUCCACAUAGCUCUUGUCACAUCUGUACUGCUGGCGAUGAUUCUCAGGCACUCAUCUGGGAUCUCUCCUCCAUGAGCCAGCCAGUAGAGGGCGGAUUGGAUCCCAUUCUGGCCUACACUGCAGGAGCUGAGAUUGAGCAGCUGCAAUGGUCCUCUUCACAGCCCGACUGGGUUGCCAUAGCCUUCUCCACCAAGCUUCAGAUUCUCAGAGUGUGACAUUUCUUGGCCAAUGGACAGUUGCUUGGAGGGAGGUACACUGGAAUGUGAUAGCAAUGCAAGGAUAAGUUGGAGGCUGAAGGACAUGUUUGAUAAGUAGAGAAAGGGUAAAAUGGGGCUCAGGUCCUUGACUUACACAGUAGAUACCAUAUCCUAUUCAACCGACUUUGUUAUCAGAAUCCAUCCAACCUUGUGUAAUCUUUGUUAUAGUACUGCUUCUGUAAUGCCUGAGUGGUGACCUUACAAGUACUUAAAACAUAAAAGGGAAAUACUAUUUUUGUGCCUUUA